UCCUGAAUGAUGUUUUGAGCUUAUUGUGUAUUUUUCCCUUUGGAUUCCUCUAUAUAGUUCCAUAGAUAACUCCUGUCAUGACUUCUAAGUGUCUAACACACUUUGUCUUCUAUCCCAUCCUGAAUCUGAGCUAAAUAAAAUACAUCAAACAAGGCAUUUACAUACUACAGUUUUCUAAAUCAUGCAACUACCUGCCUCACAACACCGGGUUCCUUGCACUACGCCACCCUUAACCUCCAUAUAGUAGCUCACCUUGUCAGGUACAUGGAUCUCUAUCAUUGAACACAGCCUCCAAUGCAUUUUAGUGAGUUCUAGGGUUGAAUUGGUGCCAAGGGUAAAAGAAAACAAUGGAAAAUGAAAAAGACAUUGCAGAUGGCUCCAAAAAUAUUGGGAAAAUCACUGCAAAUAUCAGGAAAUUCCGGCAAGUCAGAUGGUUUGUUCUUCGGAUUCUGGUGACCUUGUCGGUGCUGACAUUAGCACACCCCUCUCAUUGGAACAUAGCCUCCAACGUGUUUUAGUAAGUUCUAGGGUUGGAUCAGGACGCUUUGAUACCAAGUUGAGUUGUAAAUUAUGAAAAUGUUUCAUUUAUUUCAAAUUGUUAUUUUGGCAACAUAAUUAUGGAAUAUGUAUCAAUCUGUCAUUUUCUUAAGUUAGUUUACAAUGGUGGAAAAUGAAAUUUGUCUUAUUAGUGGAAUAAAAAUAUACAAACAAACCAUUUUGGAAGACUAUGCAGCUACAAUACAAUAUGGGCACAUUGAAAUGGCAUCCUGGAUAAAAUAGUUUUAGUAUCUGAUAAGUCAAUAUGAACAUGUAAUAAUCAGCAGCAUGUUGGUGUAUAAAUUUCUUUCUUUGACAGAUAUAUAAAACUCAGGCACCGGAACUGGACUCUCCAUCCCUCAUUUAUGUGGGAAGGAGAUGCUAUUUGGUCCAAUGAUCACUGGGAUUUUGUUAUGUACAUUAGAAAAGUGACAUUAAUGUUUUGUGAACAUGCCACAAUAUAUGAACAUAUGUUAUCCCUGUUUGUUUUUAUUUUGUUAUACACUGCUUUGCAUUCCUGUAUGCACUGGGUACAAGUCUAACUUUUAACAGGCUUUAGUACCUUAAUGAGUUUAUGAGUUACGAUGCUUUGCAUUUUUUCUUUGACAGGGAUAUAUACGUGACAGUGCAUUUGAUCCUCGUCGUUGGGUUGCUCCUGGACAGCGUUUUUAUGGCCUGUUCCCUGUAAAUGUGGGGUGGGUACUCCAGAAGUGCCUUUGGAUGCAAAAUUCCAUACUGAAGACCCAAAGUUAUGAUUGGAAAUAGCUGUGAUUAAGGUCAUAGAUGGAUGAGUUUAAAAACCAUGGCUGAUUGUGUUGAAGCCCUCAUAGGAGCAUACUAUAUUGGUGGUGGAAUAAUUGCUGCACUCCAUCUGAUGAAGUGGCUUGGAAUUGAUGCUGAACUUGAUCCCUCAUUAGUUGUUGAAGCAAUUACUACUGCUUCUCUACGGUCCUACGUCUCAAAAGAUAAUGAGGUUGCAACCCUAGAGUCAAAGCUUGGUUAUGAAUUUUCUGUUAAGGGUCUUUUACAGGAGGUCAUAACACAUGCAUCCCAGCAAGAACUGGGAGUUGGCUAUUGUUACCAGGCUUGAAUAUCUUGGUGACUCGGUGUUGGACCUGCUUAUUACAUGGCAUCUCUAUCAGAGCUACACAGAUAUUGAUCCAGGGUUACUUCUAUGUCAACUAACAGAAUAUGUGAAGUCUAUUUCUGAAUCUCAUACUGAUGGAUCACUCCGAGGCCCAAAAGGUCCUGAGGCUCUUGGAGAUAUGGUGGAAAGUAUUGCAAGGGCAAUACUACUUGACACCAAGCUUAAUCUUAAUGAAGUUUGGAGAAUAUAUAAGCCCCUGUUAUCUCCAAUUGUGACCCCUGAUAAGCUUGAACUGCAUCCAUUUUGAAAACUGAAAGAACUAUGUGCUUCUCGUCGGUAUUUUAUAAAAGAAACAUUUAUAAAGAAGGGAGAUAUGGUGCAUGCCGAGCUUAGUUUACAGCUGAAAGACGUCCUUUUGAUUGGAGAGGGAUAUGAGGGGGAGAAAGAAAUUGCAAGAGGAGAAGCAGCUUGUCACUUAUUUAAAAAACUUGAGGAAAGAGGAAUUGUAUUCACCUGAAGUGCUUCCAAAUAGAGAAAUCUGGAUGCGGACCAUAUUGACGAUUCAACUGCUUCAUACAUGGAAAUUGAUGUAUGUGAUCAAUUAACUGAUGAAAAUCUUUCAGAGCUAGCGAUCAAUAAAAAGCGAAAAUCAACUGAACAUCAAUUGCCCUCCGAGUCAACUAGUGUUUCUUCUCCAACCAAUGAUUGUUCUAACAUAGACUGCAGUCCUGACAGUGGCACCCGAGGCUUGCACCAUCUAUGCAUUAUUUUUCUUGUUUUGAUACUGAGAGUGAUGGAUCGAAACAAUGCCAGAGCAUUAUGUAUUAAGAUAGUCAAUGUGUGUGGCAUUCAGCUAUUGCAUUUUGAUAUUUGCUUCUUA